AUGAGCGACAUCAAGAGCUGCGGCAGGGCCAUGAGCGCCUUUGCGCGAGAGGGCCAGUGGAGGUCGGUGCUGCAAGUACUGGACAACCUAAGGCCCUUGCAGCUUGAGCUGAACGUGAUCGUGUUUAACAUCGCACUGGCUUCGCUGAGCCGCUGGCAGCAGGCGCUGGGCCUCCUGUGCGCUGUGUGCCAGCUGCAGCCGGAUCUGAUCAGUUGCAACAGCGCGCUAAAGCCGGGCGCUUGGCAGCAGGGGGUCGGCCUGGUCUCGCGCAUGGCGCUGCUGCGGCUGGCGCCGGAUGCCAUCUCCCUCAGCGCGGUCGCGCGUUGGCCGUCGGCUUUGUCUCUGGCCAAAGCGGAUGUGGUGCUUUGUGGGUCGGUGGCGGCGGCCUAUCAGAGGGCUUCGCAAUGGCUAGCUUCACUGGAUUUGCUGGAGCACAUGGGUCACGCGAGGGUGCAGGCCAACACGGUGGUCCUGAACAGCGUCAUCAGCGCGGCAGCGUGGCAAUUCGCGCUGAGCCUUCUGGAGCGGAUGGCGGAGCUCCAAAUGGCCGACGUGGUGAGCUUCAACAGCGCCAUGGCCGUCUCCGACUGGGCGGCGGCGCUGGGCUUGUUGGCGAAGAUGCCCAGCUGCAGUGUGAGCCCCGACCUCAUCUCCUACAGCUCCGCCAUCUCCGCGGCCGAGAAAGGCGGCCAGUGGGAGGUGGCUCUGAGCCUGCUGACGUCGGUGGAAGACAUGUCGCCGGACGUCAUCUGCUACAGCAGCGCCAUCAGCGCUUGUGAGAAGGGCAGCCAGUGGCGCAUGGCUCUGCUGUUGCUGACGCGCAUGGGGAGCCGCAAAGUCACACCAAACCUCAUCAGCUACAACAGUGCCAUCAGUGCUUGUGAGAAAGCAGGGCAGGAUGAGGCAGCGCUGGCCGUGCUGGCGGAGCUGCAGGCUCAAACUCGCCCGGACGUGGUGAGCUUCAGCGCUGCGCUCAGCGCGCUGAGCUGGCGCCGCUGGCGCACCGCCGGGCAGCUGCUGGAGGCCAUGCGACACCAGCAGAUCCAGCUGAACGUGGUCGCGCUGAACAGCGCUUUGGCUGUUGCCUUCAGCUGGCAGAGAGCUCUGCAUUUGGCGCUGGGGCCGCGGCUGAAGGUGGACCUCCUCGGCUGGGGCCUGCUGGUGGGCUUCUGCGAGCGAUUUCAGCAGUGGGCCGCCGCGCAGCGGCUGCUGUGCAUCGACGCCAAGCUGACGCCCACGAGGCUGACUUGGACCCUGGGAGUUAAGCUGCAGUGA